GCCAUGCCACCCUGGGUCUCCCUGGUGCCCCCACGGUGUGCCCAUGUCCCCCUCCCGCAGGAGAUGCCACCCAGCGGGGGGCUGCUGUGCGGGGCCACAGGCCUGGCACUGCUGCUGGCCGCCACUGCCACCCGCUCCUGGGUCCAGCGCCGGGCACCGGGGGGCACUGCCAGCCUCGGGCUGUGGCACGUGUGCCUAGGGGGGCAGUGCCACCCCCACCCUGGCACCCCAGCGCUCUGGGAGGCCACUCGAGUGCUGCUGCUGCUGUCGCUGCUCGCCGCCGUCGCCGGCCUCGCCCUGGGCAUCUCCAUCCUGCUCGGCGGUGCCCGGCGGCUGCGUGCCCGCAUGGCUGGUGCCACCCUGCUGCUGGCUGGUCUGCUGGCACUGAUGGGGCUGGCAGUGUACACAGCUGGCACCCUGAGCCUCCUGGGGCCUGCCCAGCCUGCCUGGCGCUUCUCCUGGUCCUACAUCCUGGGCUGGGUCUCUGUCAUCCUCACCACCUCUGCAGGGCUCUUCCACCUCUGUGCUGCUGCCAAGGACCCAUCCCCAGAGAGCUCCGAAGUGGAGGGCACCUGAGGGGGGCACUGGGUGCUUGGAGGGGGGGCACAGCUGCCCCUCCCCGCCACGGGAGUCCAGUGGAUGUUGCCCAGGGUGUGGGUCACUGCUGUGCCAAGUUGUGCCUUGUCGCUGCUGUGCCAAGUUAUGCCAGUCUCUGCAGGGCUGAGUUGUGCCAGUCUCUGCUGCCCUGAGCUGUGCCCAGCCUCUGAUGGGCUGAGUUGUGCCAGUCUCUGCUGCCCUGAGCUGUGCCCAGCCUAUGCUGGGCUGAGUUGUGCCAGCCACUGCUGCCCUGAGCUGUGCCCAGUCUCUGCUGCCCUGAGCUGUGCCCAGUCUCUGCAGGGCUGAGCUGUGCCAGUCACUGCUGCCCUGAGCUGUGCCCAGCCUCUGCUGGGCUGAGCUGUGCCAGUCACUGCUGCCCUGAGCUGUGCCAGUCACUGCUGCCCUGAGCUGUGCCCAGUCCCUGCCAUGCUGAGCUGUGCCAGCCACUGCUGCCCUGAGCUGUGCCCAGUCCCUGCCAUGCUGAGCUGUGCCUGGUCACUCCCCCCCAGCUCUUGCUGUGCCAAUAAAAUGCCAUGUGCCCCC